GGAAGUAAAGAGUCCUCAUUCAUUUCUUCCGGGGUUUAGUUGUUUUCAUUUGUUAGUGGUUGUGUAAACAACUAUGGGAAAGAAACACAAGAAGCAUAGGUCGGAAUGGAGGUCCUACGACGCCGGUGAGCUCGGAUCUCCCGGAGAGCAGUCUCAGUAUUAUGUAGAUAAACCAUCUGAAAAAACGUUAAAACUGGUUCUUAAAGUUGGAGGUAGUGAAGUGACUGAAUUGUCAGGAUCUGGACAUGAUUCUAGUUAUUAUGAAGAUCGGUCAGAUUAUGAACAGCGAGAGCGACACAAAGAAAAAAAGAAAAAGAAGAAAAAGAAGGCAGAGAAAGAGAAAGAAAAGCAUGUGGAUGAAGAAGAAAGAAGACGAAGGAAGGAAGAGAAAAAGCGAAAACGAGAAAAGGAACAGUGUGACUCUGAUGGUGAAACCGAGUUUUUUGAGCCAAUGAAAAAAGUGGAGGUUGAAACUGCAACAGACCGUCCUGUUAGAGCUUGUAGAACACAUCCAGCAGAAAAUGAAAGCACACCGAUACAACAACUUCUGGAAUACUUCCUCCGUCAACUGCAACGUAAAGACCCCCAUGGAUUUUUUGCAUUUCCAGUGACGGAUCAGAUUGCUCCAGGUUAUUUUGUGAUAAUAAAGCAUCCCAUGGAUUUUAGUACAAUGAAGGACAAAAUUUCUGCAAAUGAGUACAAAUCAAUCACAGAAUUUAAGGGAGACUUCAAACUUAUGUGUGAUAACGCAAUGACAUACAACCGACCAGAGACUGUAUACUACAAGUUGGCAAAGAAGCUACUUCAUACAGGCUUCAAGAUGAUGAGUAAAGAACGGCUUUUAGCUUUGAAGCGCAGUAUGUCGUUUAUGCAAGACAUGGAUUUUUCUCAGCAGGCUGCUAUAUUGGGAGAUGAGGACACUACAGUGGAAGACCCUACACCAGAGGUCCCAAUCCCAGCUCCAGUUGAGAUGACAAAGAAAUCUAAAAAGCCAAGCAAGGAGGUUAUUAGGGUGAUUGAGGAUGAUCAGAGCCUCCUGCAAGACGGCCUUCCCUCCCUCCAGGACUACAGCAGUUGCAUUUUUGAACCAGAGGGCAAUGCAUGUAGUUUAACAGACAGCACAGCAGAAGAACAUGUAUUGGCUCUGGUAGAGCAUGCUGCAGAUGAAGCAAGAGACAAAGUCAACAGAGAUUUCUCUAACUGCAAGAUUGGUUACCUUAAGAAGAAUACAGAUGGCACUUUAAUUUAUACUGUAGUCAACUCUGAUCCAGAUGCAGAGGAUGAAGAAACGCACCCAGUGGAUUUAAGUUCUCUCUCAAGCAAACUGUUACCUAGCUUUACUUCACUGGGAUUUAAAGAUGACCGCAGGCAUAAAGUUACAUUUCUCAACAGUACAAGCACAGCUCUUUCCUUACAAAACAACACACUCUUCACUGACCUUAAGCCUGAUGAGAUGGAUUUAAUGUAUGCUGGUUAUGGUGAUGACACAGGAAUACAAUGUGCACUAAGCCUGCAAGAGUUUGUAAAAGACUGUGGGGGAUAUGCAAAGAAAAUUGUUAAUGACCUCCUGGACCAGAUAACUGAAGGGGACCAUUCCAAAAUUCUCUAUCAGAUAAAACAGAUUGGAGACUCUGAUGGGAGCAAUUCUGUUCUUGAUUUUUUGUCAAUGAAAUCCUAUUCUGAUGUAUCUCUCGAAAUGUCAAUUCUUAAUUCUUUAGGAAAAGUGAAGAAAGAGCUAGACCAUGAGGAUGGACAUCUUAACUUGGAUGAUACAGCUAAGCUUUUGCAUGAAUUUCAUGAUGUACACAAUGACAGAGUUGGAUCUCGUCCAUCUUCAAACAUAAGUUCUUUAUCCAACAACUCAGAAAGAGAUCACCAUCAUCUUGGUAGCCCCUCUCGUCUGAGCGUUGGAGAGCAACAGGACAUUCCAGACCCUUAUGAAUUUCUGCAGUCCCCAGAACCUGAUAACCCUAAUUAAAGCCUUUUUUUUAUGUA